CGAGUAUAAAAGAUAAGACGGGUGCUCCAUCUCCUCCACCAGCUUUUGAUUUUUUCAUUAUGUCCAUUCGCUCUCUUGUUUCUGCUUCAGCACGCAUUUGUACUCUAUCUAGCCGCCGCACCGCUUCUUCGCGCAUCGCUCCGCUUAUUCCAAGAUACACUAGCAUCCGCACAAUGUCGACUCCUGCCCGCGCACUCUGCCUCAUUCCCGGUCCCGUCGAGAUGACCGACGCUGUCCUCCAGGCACACAGCACCCCUGCCACCGCCCACACCGACCCGCACUUUGUCAACGUGUUCGGCGAGACCAUCGGUCUGCUGCGCGAGGUCGGCACCCUGGGCUGGGAUCAGACCGCGGCCAACCUGCUGGAGGCUGGCGACAACGCCCUGGUUCUGUCCAACGGCUACUUUGGCGAGGGACUGGCUGACUGCCUCGAGACCUACGGCGCCACCGUGACCCGCCUGCGCUCGGAGCCGGGCACGCGCCAGACCAAGGCUGCGGUCGCGCAGGCCCUGCGCGCCAACAAGUACAAGCUGAUCACGAUCUCGCAGGUCGAUACCUCGACCGGAGUUCUGGACGACGUCAAGGGCGUCGCCGAGGUCGUCCGCGAGCACUCGCCGGAGACGCUGGUAGUCGUCGACGGAGUGUGCGCGACCGCCGCCGAGCGCCUGUACUUUGAUGCCUGGGGCGUCGAUGUAGUGAUCACGGCGUCGCAGAAGGCGCUGGGCUCGCCGCCCGGUCUGUCGAUCGUCGUGGCGUCGCAGAAGGCGCUGGGCGUGCUUGCUGCGCGCAAGACGCCGGUCCCCGCGUACUACAUCAACUGGGGCCGCUGGCUGCCGAUCAUGAAGGCGUACGAGGAGCGUGCCCCCAAGUACUUCGCUACGCCGGCUGUCCAGGCCAUCUAUGCGCUGAACACCUCGCUCAAGGACCUGCUGUCGAACGGCGGCAUGGAGAGCGUGUUUGAGGCGCACGAGCGCACCUCGGCCCGCGUCAAGGCCGCCGUUGCUUCGUGGGGUCUCAAGACCGUCGCGGUCUCGACCGAGUGCGCCGCCACCGCCAUGACUGCCAUCUGGCUGCCCGAGUCGAUCCAGGCUGCUGACAUUCUGCCCAAGCUCAAGGCCAAGGGCGUUGUUGCUGCCGCCGGUAUCCUGAACGGCAAGGCCCAGCGCUACUUCCGCCUCGGGCACAUGGGCAUCACUGCCACCAAGGACAACGGCUACGUUGACAUCAUGCUCAAGGCUGCCGCUGAGGCCCUCGAGGAGUGCGGCCACAACAUCGGCCCUGCCUCUGGCCGCACCACUCCCCCUCGUCUGUAAAUGGAUUUGCUUAUAGAUAAGGAACAAAUGUCUUCAUUUGGGGUUAGUAGAUGUCGACCCCCGCUCUUUUUCCUAAUUUGAUUCAUAUAACCACCCUGCC